UCUGAGCUCCAAAGAUUCAAUUGAAGAUCGGAGAUCGGGAAGAUCUCUAAUAUAUCAAAUUGUGGAAUCUGAAGAGAGGCUGACGAUGAGAAGUGAUUAAACUUUUGGAAGUUUCGAGUUAACAACAAUGAUUCAAAUUCAUAACAAUGAAUAUACGUUAUUCGAAGCGCUUGUAAAUCUUUGAGAAUGGAAUUCGAGAGUCGUAACAUUUCCGAAUGUUGCAUGAUCUUUAAAAUAGGGGAUUUAUGAAUUUAUGGAUUUGAAUAGAUGGAUUCAUAUCAGGCGAUCUAUAAAUAUAUGUCGAUUGAAAUUGAAAUUUCUGUUGAAUUUCAAUCUCCGUCAGCAUCAGGAAACUUCAGAUUUCCAUCUUUUUAUUCUUCGACAUAAAAAUUACGUUAAACAGGUUAAGUAUUAGUUAAACUAUUAAGAAGUAGAUUAGCUGUCGGUUGGCUUAUUGUCAAAAAGUUCAACCAUUGAUUGACUUGCUUUAACAUGGUUUGCGAGUCAAAGGAUUCGAAACAAUCCAUGAAUCUCCCGACCGAAUCUUUGGGACUGCGCAACGCGCAACGCGUAAGAAUACUCAAUAACAUUGAGGUUUGAGAUGUUAUCAUCGUUCAUACGGCGUGAUUCGAAUGAUUAAUUCGAAGCCGAGAGCGAGAAAUUUGCGAUGAAACUCUCGUGAGGAUUCGCUAAUACAUGAGGUAGAUUUGCAUUACUUGAAGAGACUGCACGACAAGGAAAUGUCUUAGAGCUAGCGUAGUAAAAUUUGAUUUAAGUAUAUCACGAGACAAUAAUAUACAGUAACCGUAGGCGGUAAUUAAUCUUUAAACAAAUUACUCGAAGAAAGUGCUAUUAUACAGGCUUGGCGCGGAUGACAUUAGUUGCAUUUGCAACAAGUUAGAUAUAUAUGUGUAUAUACAUAUAUUCAUUUAAAUUAGAUAUAUAUAUACACACAUAGGCAUCUCUAGGUCGAGGAACAAUUGUAAUAUGUUAACUAACGAAUUAAGACAACUAAAUGUACAUACGUAAAAGUUGUUAACUAACAAUAAGAUUAUAAAUAAUAUCGAUUCACGAGGGAGGAGCAGCAUGAGUCGGGGCGCGGCCGUCGCGGAUUUAUCUUUAGACAAAUUAUUAGGAUUAUUACUAUUUUUACAAUAUAAUAUCACUGUACAACACUGUUUUGAAAAGAGUUCGGUAUAGAAUAAACUGUUUUCAUUUGUACAAAUCUACAUGUGUUCAGAGGAGAAAUACUCUUGCAAGAACUCGGUGGCGAAAUGAACUGCAAAGGUUUUAAACAUUUGCCGCGCGGAAUUACUCUAGCCAAUCCGCACGGUCUGUGAUCCGCGCAUGCGCGCACACGCAUUUCUUGCGCAACGGUCGGUCAUGAGACUACAUCGGACUGUGGCGCGCUCUUCUCGCAUGCUUCGUCUCCGCUCCGGGAGAGCUUUCUUCCACCCGGCGGGUAUCACGUGCUGUAUUGGGGUUAGUUAAUGGCACAUGGCGCGUAAUCGAGUAGUUGAGUGACGACCUUUCAUCCGAUUGGUCGUGUCUGUUUAUCGUCACGCUUGUCGAUUGUCCAUCAUUACCAGGGGUAUUCCAUUACGUUAUCGUGCGGAUUAAUGAACUGAUAGCAUUUCUUUCUUCUGUCCAAUAACGCAGCAACGAAUAGUGAACGAACAGUUUAACCAUCCGAUCGAUCAGUCGAGAAGAGUGAGAGAUCUGCAUUGUCGCGUCGUGAUGGAUGGGAAAGUGCACGCCGAGAGGGUGAAGAAUCCCAGGAAAGGCGCCAAUUUCCUCAGCGCUUUGACGUUCAGUUGGAUCCUACGCACUUUCUGGGUGGGUUACCGCAGAGAUCUUGAAGUAACUGAUUUGUACAAACCGCUUAACGAACAUACAAGUGGUAUUCUUGGUGUUAAAUUAGCGGACGUCUGGGAGGAAGAAUGCAAGGCGGCGCAACGUCGGGGCAAGGGAGCGCAGCCCAGCCUGUUGAAAGUUAUCAUCAGGUGUUUCGGCCUCAAGAUCGCGCUUUAUGGCAUAAUAUUGGCCGCCAUGGAGAUUUCACUUAGAGUGUUGCAGCCACUGUGCCUCGGUCGACUGUUGCGGUACUUCAAUACCAAGGAGAUAGACUCGACGGACGCCUACAUAUACGCCGCCGGCGUGAUCCUGUGCUCCGCCGUCAACGUGUUCGUCAUCCAUCCCUACAUGAUGGCCAUUUUGCACAUGGGCAUGAAGAUCCGCGUGGCCUGCUGCUCGCUCAUCUAUCGCAAGUCGUUGAAGCUCACGAGGACCGCGUUGGGCGAGACCACGAUCGGCCAAGCGGUGAAUCUCCUGUCGAACGACGUGAGCAGGUUUGACGUGGCCAUUAUAUUCCUGCAUUAUCUUUGGAUUGGGCCCCUGGAGACCAUCGUCCUCACGUACUUCAUGUACAUGGAAGUUGAGAUCUCCUCGCUCAUCGGCGUGGCGGUUCUGUUAUUGUUCAUACCAUUGCAAGGGUGGUUGGGAAAGAAGUCAUCGGUUCUGAGAUUUAAAACCGCCAUUAGGACUGACGAAAGAGUGCGACUGACGAAUGAGAUUAUUAGUGGAAUUCAAGCUAUUAAAAUGUACACCUGGGAGAAGCCAUUCAGCGCGCUUAUCGAAAUGGCGAGAAAGAAAGAAAUCAACGUCAUCAGAGCGACAUCGUAUAUUCGGGGUGUAACGAUGUCGUUUAUCAUCUUCACCACGAGAAUGUCACUCUUCAUCACAGUAUUGGUUUACGUGUUGUUUGACAACAAGAUAACGGCCGAGAAAGUCUUCAUGGUGACCGCCUACUACAAUAUUCUACGUACAACGAUGACUGUCUUCUUCCCGCAAGGAAUAACGCAGACGGCGGAAGCUAUGGUGUCCAUCAGACGUCUACAGAAAUUCAUGAUGUACGACGAGAUCGACCACACGAGUAAAUCUGAGUCCAUGAUCAACGGAAAGAAAGACUCAAAGGACAUCAUGCAGGUAGAUAUCACGGGGAACGCGAAAGAGAAGAAGAAGGUCAACCAGGAGAAAGACGAUCAGCAAGUGCAAUAUGAUCAAGGUGAUCACGCGGGUCGCGGCGAUCGGAAUGAAUAUAUCAUCUCUAUCGAGAACGCCAGUGCCAAGUGGCUGGAUCACGAAAAGGAGGACACUCUGCAGAAUAUCACUAUCAAAAUGCGACCCGGCGAACUGAUCGCCGUCGUCGGUCAAGUCGGUUCGGGCAAGAGCAGCCUGAUGAACGUUAUCCUGAAGGAGUUGCCCCUACACACUGGCACCAUUAAGGUGAACAAUAGUGUCGCUUACGCUAGCCAAGAACCUUGGCUGUUCGCCGGAUCGGUGAGACAGAAUAUCCUGUUCGGCCGUAAGAUGGAUCAGUUUCGAUACGACCGCGUGAUCAAAGUGUGCCAGUUAAAGAGAGACUUCAGUUUGUUGCCGUACGGCGACAAGACCAUCGUAGGCGAGAGAGGUAUCAGUCUCUCUGGCGGCCAGCGUGCAAGGAUUAAUUUAGCGAGAGCUGUGUAUGCCGAAUCCGACAUAUAUCUUUUAGAUGAUCCUUUAAGCGCCGUAGAUGCUCACGUGGGCAAGCACAUGUUUGAGGAGUGCAUCGAUAAGUAUCUACAAGGAAAAACUCGAAUCUUGGUGACUCAUCAGUUGCAAUAUUUGCGAAAUGUCGGCAGGAUUAUCGUGUUGAAGGAUGGGGCUAUUCAGGCUGAAGGAACGUACGAUGAAUUGGGUUCCAUGGGAGUGGAUUUCGGUCGACUGUUGGAGACUCAAACUCAGGUGGAAGAGCAGUCUGCUUCGGCUCCGGUUAGUCGUAGCAACUCACGUAACGCCAGUAUUACCUCGCUCAGUUCAUUUAUGACGAACGAUACUUCUAAGCAAGAACCAGACGAGGUGGCCGAGACGCGUACAGUUGGCACUAUUUCUCGUAAAGUUUACGCAGAUUACUUCCACGCUGGUGGCAAUUGGUGCUUCAUAAUUACUGUGGCUAUGCUCUGUAUCUUGGCGCAAGCCGCUGCCAGCGGCGGGGACUUCUUCCUCGCGCGCUGGGUUGACUUCGAAGAGAUACAUGUGAACAAAACAGCCAACGGCACGGUGGUGGUCGAUCCGAACAGUACUCUCUCUCGAGAUGCUUACAUCUACAUCUACACCGGUGUGACUGUAUUGACUAUCGUUAUAACCCUCAUCCGUUCGUUCUCCUUCUUCUGGGCAUGCAUGCGAGCUUCCAGACGACUUCACGACAAUAUGUUUCGCUGCAUCAGUCGCGCCACUAUGCGCUUCUUCAACACCAACACGUCAGGACGUGUAUUAAAUCGCUUUUCCAAAGACAUGGGUGCGGUGGACGAGUUGUUGCCUAUUGCCCUAAUUGACUGCAUCCAAAUUGGCCUGGCGUUGCUCGGUAUUAUCAUCGUGGUCUCCAUCGCGAGUCCUUGGUUAUUGAUACCCACCGUGAUCAUCGGAUUCAUAUUUUAUUACUUGAGAGUCUUCUACCUGGCUACCAGCCGCAGCGUCAAGCGUUUGGAGGGUAUCACACGUUCGCCGGUCUUCGCUCAUUUGAGCGCGACUUUGCAAGGACUGCCAACAAUUCGUGCCUUUGGGGCGGCGGAAAUCCUCACGAAAGAGUUCGAUCGUCACCAGGAUCUCCAUUCGUCCGCGUGGUACAUCUUCAUCGCCUCCUCGCGAGCGUUUGGUUUCUGGCUGGACGUUUUCUGCGUGAUAUAUAUUGCGUUGGUCACUCUGAGUUUUCUCGUGCUAGAUAACGACGGUCCCGGCUCGAUGGACGGCGGCAGGGUAGGCCUGGCGAUCACUCAAAGCAUCGGCCUCACAGGAAUGUUCCAGUGGGGCAUGAGGCAGAGCGCCGAGCUCGAGAAUCAAAUGACAUCAGUGGAACGUGUCCUCGAAUACAGCAAGAUAAAUAGCGAACCUCCUCUCGAGAGCGCUCCCGAUAAGAAACCGAAAGAAGACUGGCCGCAAAAAGGCAAGGUAGAAUUCAAGGGCGUGUGGUUGCGUUACGCGCCGCUGGAGCCGCCCGUGCUGAAAAACCUCAACUUCGUCAUCCACCCGCACGAGAAGGUGGGCAUCGUUGGCCGCACCGGCGCUGGGAAAUCUUCUCUCAUCUCAGCGCUUUUCCGUCUGGCCGACGUGGAGGGUCCGAUCGAGAUCGAUGGCAUCGACACCAGCACCAUUGGUCUGCACGACCUGCGUUGCAAGAUCAGUAUCAUCCCGCAAGAGCCGUUCCUCUUUUCCGGCACUCUGCGUCGCAAUCUUGAUCCCUUUGACACGUACCCGGACGACGUGCUAUGGCGAGCACUCGAGGAAGUUGAAUUGAAAGAAAUGGGCCUGGAAGCGCACGUCAACGAGGGCGGCUCCAAUCUCAGCGUCGGUCAGCGGCAGUUGGUUUGUCUGGCACGCUCCAUCGUGCGCAACAAUCCAAUACUCGUGCUGGACGAGGCCACCGCGAACGUGGACCCGCGCACCGACGAGUUGAUCCAGAGAACCAUCCGCAGGAAAUUCGAGAAUUGCACAGUGCUCACGAUCGCCCACAGGCUCAACACUGUGAUGGACAGCGAUCGUAUCUUGGUGAUGGACGCCGGCAGUGCGGUGGAAUUCGACCAUCCUCACCUGCUGCUGCAGAAGGAGACCGGCUACCUCAAGAGCAUGGUGAACGAGACCGGCAAGGCGAUGGCGGAGGCCCUGGCCGGCGUCGCCAGCAGCAGCUACCGCAAUCGAGCUUCCACGACGCUCUGAUUAACGUACCUACGUGGCUAAUUAUUUAAUCGCGUGCGACAGAUAUCACAGUGUACCGUCUCGGUAGCCGAAGUGGAAGUUUCGCGCGAAUCGCUCCUGCAAACCGAUCGGCUAGGAAUUUCCGGAAGGCCGGGCUCCAACUUUCCACGAGGACGUGUAGCAGUAUACGAAAAGUGAGAAAACAACAAGAGAAGAGGAAAAGAAAAAUAAUACGAAAAUCGUGCAAGAUUUGCAAGGAGCGGUGGGGAGUGAAGAAGCCCAACGUUUCGCAGUUUCACAGGUAGUCGAAAUGUUCGCGAAAGUCGAGGAUGAAAAUGUGCGACGUGGCACGUUUCUCAAUUGUGUCCUGUCGAACACGAGGAUUUCACAGGAUCCGAGAUUAAUUCGGGGGUCCCAAGGGAUUGGAAGCGCCGGGAGGACAGGAAUAUCUAGGAGCGAUGAGAGGCCUGCCCUAGGAGGCCUUCCUUAAGAGAAGGGGAUGGCAAUUUAAUGAUUAAUCAUCGUAUUUACGAGCUGCACGCAGUCUUGUCUUGUAGUUAGUCUUAUAAUUUUUCUUAUUGUUUCGUCGUUGUCCUUUUUAAUUAGUGUAUCAUGGAAUUCUCAGUCACUUCGCAGCGCCGUUAUCGCCGCCGAUAUAUAUUACAUAUCUAGCGAGAGUUUCUCGAAUGGAUGAAGGGGAGGAAAAGGAAAAAGGAGCGGAGAAGAAAAGAAAGAAGGCUGUCGCCGAUCGGCGCGUCUACGGUAACAGUAUUAUUACGUCGUUUUUAUGUAUCAAUCAAACUCUCAGAUUCCGACGGGAAGUUUCCAUUCGUUGGAUCACUGGAGAUCUCCCCAACGAUUCACACCAUCAGCUGUCGUGAAUGCUUUCGGGAUAUCAGUCAGGACUCGUCGGGGAACGUAGUACAUAUAUAUAUAUAUAAACACUUUUGAAGGACUUCUUUACUUAUUUAUGACCAGGGAUAAUUUCGCUUUAGUAACAAAAAAAGAGAAAAAUAAUUACGCAAGUCGAAGGAGAUAACGAUUAAAAACUUGCACGAAAAAAAAAGGAUAAAGGACGAUAAACGCAAGCGACUACAAAAGGGCCUAUGGUAUUUCCUACGAAUUUACACAGCUAUAACAGUCACAAGUCCUGAUCCGGGAGAAAAAGAGAAGAAAGGACACAACAGGCGGGAUCAUACAGGCGGGAUUUUAUGGAGUCCGGGAUAAUCUAAUCAACUCCCAGGGCUCUCGAUAAUCCUCGGUAAUCCUGUGAGGAGUUGCAUCACGAUCAAUAGGCGAGAAUUAAUUCUUGAGAGAUUCGAUUGAUCCUCGAUAACUCGAGCACCGCAUACAGGAUCGUUGAUGAGCUGACAGCUCAACAUGGACGUACUUAACGUUAAAUGAUACAGGAAGGGAGGAUUCUACGCCACUUUUAUAGGUAUAUAUAUAUACACAAACACACAUACAGACGUAUGCUCUAUAUAUACAUAUAUAUACUACGCGGUAUACACGGGUGUCCGGCGAAAACGUCGCGGUUAAACGUCGCGACGUAGCGGGUCCAUAAUUCGUCGUACAUCACUGCCAGCGGGUGGUCCGGUCGUUCCUUUCUUUUUUUCUCUCUUUUUUCUUUUUUUUUUUCUUUCUUUCUUUCACCACCCACAGGUCACCCCGUGUAUAUCCGGCGAGAGUGUGCAUUCGCGCCGUUUUUCCCGCGAGUAUUUACAAUGUUCCUGCCGUUUAUUACGAACUGGUGCUACAAG